AUGCCGACGUCCAUAGAACAACUCCCCUCCUCUGAGGAGGUCAAAGAGCAAGUCAAAGAGACUGCCAAGGGCGCCGUCUCCGGCCUCCGGUCUCUUGUCGCUGGCGGAGUAGGUGGCGUGUGUGCGGUCGUAGUCGGGCACCCUUUCGAUUUGGUAAAAGUUCGCCUACAAACCGCUGACAAGGGAGUUUAUUCGGGCGCCAUCGAUGUUGUGAAGAAGACCGUCGCUCGGGAGGGACUGGCGAGAGGUCUCUAUGCCGGUGUUUCUGCCCCCCUAGUGGGUGUCACGCCCAUGUUCGCCGUGAGCUUUUGGGGAUAUGACAUGGGAAAAAGACUCGUGGACUCAUUCACUACGGUGCCUGUCAAGAACAAUACGCCUCAAUAUUCCAUCGGGCAAAUAUCCGCCGCGGGGUUCUUCUCGGCUAUACCUAUGACCCUCAUCACUGCGCCGUUUGAGCGCGUCAAAGUCCUCCUGCAGAUUCAGGGUCAAAAGCAGCUCGCGCCGGGAGAGAAACCCAAAUACUCUGGUGGAGUGGACGUUGUUAGACAGCUUUACAAAGAGGGUGGCAUAAGAUCCGUAUUCAGGGGUAGCGCCAUGACUCUUGCCCGCGAUGGCCCCGGUUCAGCGGCGUACUUUGCAGUCUACGAAUACGUGAAACGCACGCUCUCCCCGAAGGAUGCCGAGGGCAACGCGACCGGGGAAUUGAGUCUGACGGCUGUCAUGACAGCUGGAGCUUGUGCAGGCGUGGCAAUGUGGAUUCCCGUGUUCCCUGUCGACACGGUCAAGAGCAGGAUACAGACCGCCGAAGGCAAGCCGACCAUCGGUGGUGUCAUGUCGCAGGUAUACAGAAGUGGUGGUAUAAAGGCUUUCUUUCCAGGGUUCGGACCAGCAUUGGCAAGAGCCAUACCAGCGAAUGCAGCCACGUUUGUGGGGGUCGAACUGGCGCACAAGGCCAUGAAUUCAAUGUUCGGGUAA